AUGUAUGGCUCGUACGGGUCAUACAGUUCGAUGAGCGCUAUGUCAGCGCCUAUGGAUAUUCCUUUCAACAACAUUCGGAAUCAGGACUCAACGUGUGCUUUCCCAUCAUGGCCGCGACGCUCAUCACUAUCAGAAUCCGAGCACGAAGAGCCACGCGCGACCUCAUAUCUCUCAGACGACGACCUCUUUCUCUCUGAUCCCUUUGACGACGAAGUCGGUAGCAUCUCUAGCUCAAGCAGCUCAUCAUCACCUGCUACGGUAGCAAUCAACUCCCCGCCUCGCAUUUCUGACGCAGAAUUUCUUCGACUAGAGUGUGAGCGAGUUGCCAGACAGAAGGAGUUUCUCCGGCAAAUCAAAAUGGAGAAGGAGCGCCGCCGCCAAGCCGCACUACGGGCUCGAAGAAGCACUCCCAAGAAGAGCCCCAAGGUCAAAUAUGCAUCGCUGACGACCAUCACCGAGUCCAACGAAUGA